AUGCUCCCCCAGUCUCUCCUCACCCUGGCUUUGGCCGCCACAUCCCUCGCCAGCCCUCUCGCUCGCGCCAACAGCGCAUGCAAAAAUCCCGUCGUCCGCAAAGAAUGGCGCGAGCUUACCAGCGCUGAGAAGGCCGAAUACCUUCGCGCCGCCGUCUGCAUCCGCAACCUCCCCAAGGAGAAGUACAGCCACAUCAACGCCGUCACAUCCCGUAUGGACGACCUUGUAUACACUCACUUCUCCCUCAACACCGAGAUUCACUUUGUCGCCAACUUCCUCCCUUGGCAUCGCUGGUUUGUUCAGCUCCAUGAGGAUCUGCUCAAGAACGAAUGUGAUUACAAGGGUGUUCAGCCCUACUGGGACUGGAGCAUCGACGCUGAUAAGAGCGAUAUGAAGAACUCGCCUCUGUUCGAUGCGAAGACAGGUUUCGGUGGUGAUGGUCAGCGCACUGAUAGCAACGUCCCUGGCUUUGAGCGCUGUGUUGUCGAUGGACCUUUCGCCAACACCAACUUGACUCUGGCUAUGGGGUGGCCUGACAUGAAUACUCCCGGCGAUCGUCUGCACUGCUUCACUCGCGAGUUCAAUGGAGGAUUGGGCAAGGACGAGAAUGGUGAUCAGAUCCUCGGUGAUAUGCAGGUUACCGCCUACAACUCCAAGGUCAUGAACACCAUCUACGGUUUCGACACUUACAAGGACAUGUCCGAAAUGCUUGAGGGACUACCCCACGCUCAGAUCCAUAGUGUUAUCUUUGGUGAUAUGGGCCCUGCUACCUCUCCCAACGAGCCUCUCUUUUUCCUCCACCACGCCAAUGUUGACCGUGCUUGGGCCAAGUGGCAAGGACGUAAUGAUACCCGCCUAUCAGACUACACCGGCUUCCGAGUCUCCCAAACAACUAUUCCUGCCACGAUCACUGACACAAUGCCUGUUAUGGAGCUUGCUGAGAAUGAGCCUGUGGUGAAGGAUUACAUGGAUACUCUAUCAGGUCCUCUUUGCUACACCUACUCUAAGAUGUAA